AUGUAUAAACUCUGGCGCAAUUCACUUCAUCUUACCAUCGUCGCUAUUAAAGGCCAAAAGUUUCUUGCACGAACAAAGCUCUUAAAUUCAGAGAAGUGGGUGGCAUUAUCAACAACUAAACCAUUGAACUUGGUGAACGCUUUUCAACCCCGGAACAAACUCAAAAUGAAGGACUUUAAGAAGAUGAAAAUAAAAGUAGAUCGCCGCUCACGUAAACUAUUAACUACUGCAAUCUCUACCCAAUUGGUUUACGACAGGACAGAAGGAUACAACGGUGCCUCGAAUCUCGGUUUCAAUGAAGAAAAUUGUCGUUUUAUCUUCUUCAUUCUCAUUGGUAAAUAG